AUGGCAUUCCAGCGGCGGGGCGGGCUGCAGCUACGGGUCAGGUGCUCUGCGCCGAAGCUGCGUGCAGGUGAGCGAACUGGAUCCACAGUGCCCCUUGCUUCUGCCUCCUCUAGGUCCCGAAUGCUCCAGGACAGAUCUAUCUCAGCGCCGGUUACCUUCUGCUGAGCUGAUCAAGGACUGGAAAGAUGAUUCUGGAGUUCCUCCUUGUGUCCUGUACACUGGCUACUCUGUCUCAUUCAGUUCUAUUUUCUCUACAGCCAGAACAGCAAAAAGUUCUGGUAGUUUCUUUUGAUGGAUUCCGCUGGGAUUACUUAUAUAAAGUUCCAACACCUCAUUUCCAUUAUAUCAUGAAAAAUGGUGUCCAUGUGAACCAAGUCACUAAUGUUUUUAUCACAAAGACCUACCCUAACCAUUACACUUUGGUCACUGGUCUCUUUGCAGAGAAUCAUGGGAUUGUUGCAAAUGACAUGUUCGAUCCUAUUCUGAACAAGUCUUUCUCUUUGGAGCACAUGAAUAUUUAUGAUUCUAAGUUUUGGGAAGAAGCCACACCAAUAUGGAUCACCAACCAGAGGGCAGGGCACGCUAGUGGCGCUGCCAUGUGGCCCGGAUCAGAUGUAAAGAUCCAUGAUAGUUUCCCUACCUACUAUCUACCUUACAAUGAGACUGUUUCCUUUGAAGACAGAGUUGCUAAAAUCAUUGAGUGGUUUACAGCCAAAGACCCCAUCAAUCUUGGUUUUCUCUACUGGGAAGAGCCCGAUGACACGGGCCAUGAUGUGGGACCCGACAGUCCUCUCAUGGGGCCUGUUAUUUCUGAUAUUGACCACAAGUUAGGGUAUCUGAUAAAGAUGCUGAAAAAGGCAAAGUUAUGGAAUAAUGUUAACCUCAUCAUCACAAGCGACCACGGGAUGACCCAGUGCUCUAAGCAAAGGGUGAUAGAACUUGACCGCUACCUGGACAAAGAGCACUACACCCUGAUUGAUCACUCACCUGUAGCUGCCAUCCUGCCCAAAGAAGGUAAAUUUGAUGAAGUCUAUGGCGCGCUGGCCGGUGCCCAUCCUAAUCUAACGGUCUACAAAAAGGAGGAGAUACCAGAAAGAUGGCAUUACAAGCACAAUGACCGAGUUCAACCAAUCGUAGCGGUGGCCGACGAAGGGUGGUAUAUUUUGCAGAAUAAGUCAGAUGAUUUUCUGUUAGGCAACCAUGGUUAUGAUAAUGCAUUAGCAGAAAUGCAUCCAAUAUUUUUAGCCCACGGUCCUGCCUUCAGAAAGAAUUUCACAAAAGAAGCCAUGAACUCCACAGAUCUGUACCCACUGCUCUGCCACCUCCUCAAUAUCACCGCCCUGCCACACAAUGGAUCAUUCAGGAAUGUCCAGGAUCUUCUAAGUUCAGCAACUCCAAAACCAAUCCCUUACACACAGAGUACCACACUCCUCCUUGGUAGUGACAAGCCGGGAGAGUAUGAGCAAGAGGAGUCGUACCCUUAUUACAUAGGCAUCUCUCUCGGCAGCAUCAUAGCUAUUAUAUUCUUUGUAGUUCUCAUUAAGCAUUUAAUACGCAGUCAAGUGCAUACCUUACAAUAUAUGCAGGUUGAAGUUGCUCAACCGUUACUCCAGGCUUAGCGCUUCUUUGACAUGGAACUGCUGAUUGAAGUGGAGGGUACAAAAUGAUAUCAGUGGUGACCCUUCAGCUUCUCACAAGCUAGUUACAGAUAUCUGCAUAGGCCAUCAAGCAGUUAACCCAGACGCGGGCACAGUCACAUGUACAUACAUGCACACCCACAGAUCGAAACACUCCUGCCUGCAAAUGAUCAAAGACGUAAGGGUGCCCCUCCACGGCUUUCUCUGGCUUAGUAGGUAGAUGGUGCUCCAUUUGGGGUUGGCACAUAUAAUGUACAUACUUAACAACUUGCACUAUUGGAGAUACCUAAGAUAAUGUACUUUUACUAUCCUAGUGGGUACUUCUCCUCUGACAUGCACUUUACAAAUACAUCUAGUAACUUGAUUGAAAAUGACAACCUUCUGCACCUCUGUCACCAAAUACUAGCAUUCCAUGUAGAGAGUGAAGGAAGCUUCUAGCAAUUCCCAAAUAAUGUAGAACUCUGUCUCCUUAAAUGGG